AUGGAAAGAUUGCUGCUUUUGACAUUACUCUGUGUGUUAAUCUUCGCUUCCGUGGCCGCAGAUGAUUACGUCCGACCAAAACCUCGUCAAGCCUUGCAGUUCCCAUGGAAACAAAAGUCCUCUUCUCAACCCGAGCAGGUUCACAUCUCAUUGGCUGGAGAUAAACAUAUGCGAGUGAGUUGGGUUACGAAUGACAAAUCGUCUCCUUCGUUUGUUGAAUAUGGAACAUCGCCAGGGAAAUACUCCUAUCUUGGUCAAGGAGAAAGCACCUCUUAUAGCUAUGUAUUCUACAGAUCAGGGAAGAUACAUCAUACCGUCAUCGGACCAUUGGAACCGGAUACUGUUUAUUUUUACCGUUGUGGUGGAGGAGGACCUGAGUUCCAUCUGAAAACACCACCAGCUCAUUUCCCGAUUACUUUCGCAGUGGCUGGGGAUCUUGGUCAAACCGGUUGGACCAAGUCGACUCUAGAUCAUAUCGAUCAAUGCAAAUACGCUGUGCAUCUACUUCCCGGGGAUCUUUCUUACGCUGAUUAUAUGCAGCACAAGUGGGACACGUUUGGGGAGCUGGUUCAGCCUCUGGCAAGUGUGAGGCCAUGGAUGGUAACCCAAGGAAACCAUGAAAAAGAGAAUAUCCCCUUUAUUGUGGAUGAAUUUGUGUCUUACAACUCGAGGUGGAAGAUGCCGUAUGAGGAGAGUGGAUCAAAUUCAAAUCUUUAUUACUCUUUUGAGGUUGCGGGUGUCCAUGCGAUCAUGCUUGGCUCAUACACAGAUUACGAUAGGAACUCAGAUCAAUACAAAUGGUUGAAGGCUGAUCUCUCAAAGGUGGACCGAGAAAGGACUCCGUGGCUAAUAGCUCUCUUCCAUGUACCAUGGUAUAACAGUANUGAAGCCCAUCAACAUGAAGGUGAUGGGAUGAUGGCUGUAAUGGAGCCUUUGCUUUAUGCGAGCGGUGUUGAUAUUGUAUUCACUGGUCAUGUUCAUGCUUAUGAACGCACGAAACGUGUCAACAAUGGUAAAUCAGAUCGAUGUGGUCCUGUACACAUAACUAUAGGCGAUGGAGGAAACAGAGAAGGGCUAGCUCGCAAGUACAAAGAUCCGUCACCAGAGUGGUCUGUCUUCAGGGAAGCAAGUUUUGGACAUGGCGAGCUUCAGAUGGUGAACUCAACCCAUGCGCUCUGGACCUGGCAUAGGAACGAUGACGACGAGCCAACGAGAUCUGAUGAGGUUUGGUUAACCUCUCUUGUGAACUCCGGAUGUUGGACCGAAAAGAAUAGGCACGAAGAACUCCGGAAAAUGCUCCUGGAACCUUGA